AUGAAAUUACUCAUUGCUUUCUCUCUCUGGAUUGUGCUCAUUGUACUCCAGGAACAAAUUUCUUGUUACCUUUUAAGUAUUUCUGCUUCUCCUGGCUACUAUCAAGAUGGGGAUUUUGUGAUUGGAGGACUCUUAUCCCUUAAAGUGUCAGGUAGACACAACAAAAAUAAAUUUACUUCUGGAAAUGAAUACAAUUUACCAGAAUAUGUUUACAUUGAUUUCACCAAACAUUAUCAGCACAUAUUGGCUAUGGUUUUUGCUAUAGAAAAAAUCAACAAGGACCCAAAUAUUCUGUUCAAUAUGUCCCUGGGAUUCCAUGUCUUCAACGUUGACUUUACUGAGAUGAAGGCCAUGAAAAGUUCUAUGGUUUUGCUCUCAGGAGAGAGCCCCCCAGUUCCUAACUACAGCUGCAGGCCUGAGAAGACUGAUAAGCUGGUUGCAGUGAUAGGAGGCAUUUCAACAGGAAUAUCAACUCAGAUCUCCCGAGUUCUAAGUCUCUACAAUGUCCCACAGAUCAGCUAUGCUCCUUUUGAUCAGAGUCUUGGGACCAUUGUCCAGCUCCAGUCUCCUUACCAGUUUCCUGUGCACACUGCAGCUCUGUAUCAGGGAAUUAUUCAACUGCUGCUAUACUUCACUUGGGUCUGGGUUGGCCUGGUAGUCCCAGAUGAUAUUCGGGGAGAACUCUUCCUUAGGGACAUCACAGAGGAGAUGAUGAACCAUGGACUUUGUGUUGCAUUUGCAGAAAAGAUUCAAGGUAUUCUAGCUGAGGACAAAGUAAACACGAAGCUUUUUAAUGAAAAAUUCACAUUGACACGUGUUAUCAUUGCAUUUGGUGACACAUAUUCUCUUCUGGCACUUGCUGUUCACACCACUUUCUAUACUACUUUUCGUAAUGUCUGGAUCACAACUUCUGAUUGGGAUAUCACAUUUUAUUUUCAGCAACCUAAAAGUUAUGAAUACUUUGGUGGAGGAUUAUCAUUUACUGAUCGCAUGGAUCAAAUUCUGGGAUUCAAAGAUUUUCUUAGAAAUGUUCAACCUAGAAAAUACCCUCAAGAUAUCUUUAUUCAGGAUGUAUGGAUGGUCUUAUUUGAAUGUCCAUAUUUAAUUGAUCAUGAAGCCAGGCAACUAAGUCAAUGUGAGCCAAAUGGCAGCCUGAGCACACGACCUCUGCAUGUUUGGGAUAUGAAUACCUCACCCUGUAGCUCCAAAGUCCAUGCUGCUGUGUAUGCCAUUGCCCAGGCACUCCAUGAGGAGCUGUCCCUCAGAGUGGAAGGAGGCUCACUGGACAAAAGUGUACUCCGGGCUCCUCUCCCUUGGAAGCUCCAUCCAUUCUUACAAAAGGGACAGCUUGGGAGAAGUUCCAAUAAGGAGAACAUUGUGAACAAGGAGAUUUUGGCAACCGAGUUUGACAUCUUUAAUUACCAGUCUCUGCAGAGUGGUACAAAAGCUCAAGUGAAAGUUGGCGAGUUUGUCUUUGAAUCUCACAGUGUUCAACAUUUUUCACUAAAUGAAAAACUCAUAACUUGGGGCAAAUAUGGCAAGGAGAUUCCUUUGUCUGUUUGCAGUCAAAGCUGUCCACUCGGAUUUAGGAAAACACCUGUUGAAGGGAAAUCAUUCUGUUGCUUUGAUUGUCUCCCAUGUCCAGAGGGAGAGAUUGCAAAUGAAACAGAUAUGGAUCAGUGCAUCAAGUGUCCUGAAGAUCAGUAUCCAAAUAAGCAGAAGAAUAACUGUCUCCCUAAAAUUAAGAUAUUUUUGUCCCAUGAAGAUACUCUGGGAGCUGUUUUGGUCUCCUUGGCCAUUAGUUUAUCUGCCUUUUCAGCCAUGAUUUUAGGAUUGUUUAUCCACUAUCGGGACACACCCAUUGUCAGAGCAAAUAACAGAAAUCUCAGCUAUGUCCUCCUAGUUUCUCUAAUGCUCUGUUUCUUUUGCUCAUUAAUAUUCAUUGGCCAACCUAGCACAGUCACUUGUGUCUUGAGACAAAUGAUCUUUGGGGUUGUAUUUUCUGUUGCUGUGUCUGCUAUCUUGGCAAAGACUUUCAUUGUGGUUGUGGCCUUCACAGCCAUCAAACCAGGAAGCACAUUGCAAAUGUGGAUGGUGACACGACUUUCAAAUGCCAUAGUCUGCUGUGGUUCCAUCAUUCAAGUGUGCAUCUGUGCAGUCUGGCUGGGAACAUCUCCCCCUUUCCCUGAUGUUGACAUGCACUCAGAGUUUGGGCAAAUCAUCCUCUGGUGUAAUGAGGGAUCCACCCUUGCAUUCUAUUGUGUUCUAGGGUACUUGGGCUUUCUGUCCAGCCUCAGCUUGCUUAUUGCUUUUCUGGCCAGAAGGCUACCAGAGAGCUUCAAUGAGGCAAAAACAAUCACGUUCAGCAUGUUGGUUUUCUGCACUGUGUGGAUUACUUUUGUACCCACUUACCUGAGCUCCAAAGGUAAAACCAUGGUGGCAGUGGAGAUUCUUUCAAUUCUGGCCUCCAGUUCUAUCUUACUACUCUGUAUAUUCCUUCCCAAAUGCUAUGUGAUCCUACUGAGGUCAGGUGGCCAUUCUAGAAAGAAGUUUUUUAAAUAA